CUCCUCUCCUGGCCGGGGACGGGGACGGGGACGGAGACAGGGACGGGACGGGACGAGACGGGACGGGACGGGACGGGACGGCAGCGCGCUCCAAAGCCGGCGGGAGAGCGGGCCGGCGCGCGCCCUCUGCUCCGUGCUGAGUGCCGCGCUGGUUGCACCGCAGGCGCCACGGGCUGCGGCCUGGCAGCGGUAACAGACUGCAAAGGCGACGUCUCCCCGGGCCCGAGCCUCCCAAGCGGGGGGCAAUCGGCGCAGGACCCCAUGGCGCUGCCCGGCUGCUCGCAGACUCAAGCCUGGAACCUCGAGCCCCCCGCUCCUGUGGCCGAGACCCCCUUGGCCGCCGCAGCCCCAGAGCAGCAGGGGAACGGGAGCCCCGCGGCCCCCGGGGGGCUCCCCUCGGAGAAGGUGAAGCGGCCCAUGAACGCGUUCAUGGUGUGGAGCUCGGCCCGGCGCCGCCAGAUGGCGCAGCAGAACCCCAAGAUGCACAACUCGGAGAUCUCCAAGCGCCUGGGCGCGCAGUGGAAGCUGCUGCCCGAGGAGGAGAAGCGGCCCUUCGUGGAGGAGGCCAAGCGGCUGCGCGCGCGACACCUCCGCGACUAUCCCGACUACAAGUACCGGCCGCGGCGCAGGGCCAAGAGCGCGGGCGCCAGGCCGGCCUGCGGCGCCCCCCUCUGGGGCCCAGGAUGUGCGGCGUCCCAGGGAAGCAGAGGCUUCGGGUACCAGCCUCCCAACUACCUGCCCGGCAGCUACGGGCCAAGGAGAGGCCGAGCCCAUCCUGCCCCUUCCUGGCCUGCUGCCCCAGAAGAGGAAAACAGUCGCGCAGCACGCAAGCCUGCUGCUCCCAAGCAUGUCCCAACAGGGCUGUGUUCCUCUCUAAGCCAUCCUAAGGUCUGGUUCCAUGCCUGCUGUAGCCAGCAUAGCUCUGUCUGCCCAAGACUGGUCAGACCAGUCCCCCACUUGAGGUUGGGGCCACUGCGUAGCCCCUCCAACCCAGGAAGGCAGCCUCUAACUCCCGUUUCUCUUUGCAGCUCUUCCCACUGUGCACCGGAGGCCCCCUCGGCGUGUUCCCUCCCUCAGAGUGACCCCAGGCUCGCGGGCCAGCUCCUAUCCCACUACAGCCCCUACCUGCCCCCGGGGUCCCCCGCUGCCUACAGCCCUGGUGCCCCUGUGCCCCUAGCCCACCUCUAAGGACCGCAUGCAUCUCCCAGGAAGGGCUGCGUUCUCCUUUCUGCCACCCAGAACCACCCCAACCCAGGCUGCAGGUCCUUUUCUGUGCUGGACCACAACUCAGGCCUGCAGCCCCGCCAAGAGAGCCAAGGCCAGCAAAACCACCGUGUAACACGAUUUUGUAUGAUGAAA